AUGCCCCGCGGUCGCGCGUGGACGCAGGCGGAGAUCCGCUGCCUUCUGGCGCUCGUGGGCGCCUGCGGGGAGGUGGCCCUGCUCAUGGCCUCCACGUCGCGGCCCAACGAGGCGCUGUGGCGGGACAUCUCGCGGGGGCUGGCGGCGGCCGGCUACAGCCGCAGCGUGACCCAGUGCCGCUCCAAGUGGAAGGCGCUCAAGCAGGCCUUCUACUCGGAGCGCGAGACGCGCCGGCAGGCCGGGCGGCACUCGCCGCGCGUGCCCCCGCACUACCGCGCCAUGAAGACCAUCUGGAAGGCGGCCGGGCGGCCCGUCUUUGGUGAGAGGCGGCUGCCAGACCGGGUGAAGUUGCCUCCCAGGAAGCGCGGGACGCCCCUCGAGGACCACGCUCCAUCCUCUCCCGAGCAGCAAGAGCUCAUCACCUGCACGGACACCCUGGGCACGGCACCGUCGCAGAGCGCGAAGGACGAGCCCCUGAGCCCGCGCCUGGACCAGGUUGCUGGAGCCUCUCCCGCAGCACACGCUGGGCACCCGUUCGCUCCCCUGCCCCAUCUUGGCUUCCACACCGCCUGCCCAGCCCUGAAGCAGGAAAUUGCUGAAGGAAAGGCUGGUUGCCCUGGCGAAACAUCCCUGGCGAUGGGAGCAGGGAACCUGCCGGUGGCUACCAGAGCCUCAGGCUCCCCCAGAAGAGCUGCUAUGAGUGAGCAGACAGCAGCCAGCGAAGAGGCAUCAGGCGCAGGCCUGCAAGGUGCCGGCGUCGCGGCCCUGCUCCAGAGCGUGCAGCAGCUCCUGGUGCAGAUCCUGCAGACGUCGCAGCAGCAGCAGGUGCUGCUGGAGAGCCUGGCCAGCGACACUGUCUCCCACCUCCAUGUCAUCUCCGACAACCUGGUGCAGGUGGGCGAGACGCUGCACGAACUGCUGCUCCGGGCGCACGCCCGCGCCGGCGCCCUCCCCAGCCCCCUCGACCACUACAUCAGCCGCGUGCCCCUUUUCGGGGGCAGCCCCCGGCCCACGCUGCUCCUGGGGGUGCCCUGCUCCCCUGGCACUCCCCAAGACUCCCCCUGCCACAAAGAGGAGCCUCUGGGGUCCCCUGCCACUGGCUUCGCACCCCCGUGA